UCUACUUGGCCUCGUAAAUCGUGGUGGGGGAAGCGCUACUCGCACGGUUUCUAUUUUGCUUUUCUCGAUUCAAUUUCAGUUAUUUUACCGCGCUGAGUGAGUCCGUGUCUCAUUCGCGCGAGCAUUUUAUAACUUAUUUAUAAUAUAUGAAGUCCACUUAGACAUUAAAGGACUAAUAUAAUUAGUGAUAGUGAAAGGUUACAAGACGGAUUUGGUUUGGAUGUUAUGUGGUGGUCUGUACAGACAGUGUAGUGCAAUUUUUAUACGAAUCGGAUGGAUUGACGCAAAUACAAUUGUGCGUAACCCAAGUAAGUGAACGACGAAAAAGGCUGUGAUUUUGUAACGAAAGCAUACAAAGAGGUAAAAAUAAUAAAUUGACGUUUGAAAGGUGUGAAAGUAGACGCAAGUGAAUUUGCCAACGACCGAAUCGAGCUAGCGAGUUGCGCGAGGAGUCGGCUUGGGUGUGAAGGACUCCCGAAAUCGGGCGGUUAGUCUCGCCGCCGCCGCGCCAUCUGGAGCUCGUAUCACAUCAACGCGAGCCGAAUAAUGUUCGCAAAAUUCGACGUGUCCCGUACUUUCGCUGACAAAGUUGGAGAGUUGUGAAUUGUUGUUGUCUAUUGUUUGCUCGCGAGCGCCAGCGAGGGGUGGUAGCCUACAUGGUUUUGGUGUGCGGCUGAGCCAUGGCGACCGCCGAGAUGAGUGUGCCGGAUAAGAAGCCUGAGCACGAAUCAGGAUACUACGAAGGUAGCGACCAGGAGGGCAGCAUGGAAUGCGGGUGCCCGAGCCCUAUUAGCAGUAGGAACAGCUCUCACUCGACCAAGCGUCGGCACACGGGACAGAAACAUAAAAAGGCACCUGUGAAGAAGACUAGACCAGAGCCUAAUGGACAUGAGAAGGACAAGAGUGUGGAAAUAGUGGAGUGUUCUAGUGCUGGUUUACCGUCAGUAAAGGAGAAGGAGGAGCCAGCUCCGGUGGCCGGGCCCAGCAUGAAACGGAGCAGUUCUGUUGAGCUGAUCGGUGGGACUGUCCCCGCACCGGCUCGGCACUCUGUGGACUGGAAUCUUGUGGAUGCUAGUAAAAUUAGGAAAAGAUAUAAAGUCAAUCUAAAUGGACAAUCAAAAGUGGACAUAUCACAUUUCGACCUGCUCAAAGUUCUCGGCACAGGAGCGUACGGCAAAGUGUUUCUAGUAAAAAAGAGAUGCGGCGUCGACGAGGGCAAACUAUACGCGAUGAAGGUGCUCAAAAAGGCUUCAAUAGUCCAGAAACUAAAAACGGCAGAACACACCAGGACAGAGAGACAGGUCCUGGAAGCAGUGAGAGAGUGCCCGUUCCUGGUUACACUACAUUACGCCUUCCAGACAGACUCCAAACUACACCUCAUACUUGAUUACGUUGCCGGCGGAGAGCUGUUCACACACCUGUACCAAAGGGAGCAUUUCUACGAGAAUGAAGUUCGGAUAUACAUCGCCGAGAUCAUACUUGCGCUUGAGCAGUUACAUAAGCUCGGCAUCAUCUACCGCGACAUCAAACUGGAGAACAUCCUUCUGGACGCCGAAGGCCACAUAGUUUUGACUGAUUUCGGCCUGUCGAAGGAGUUCUGCGGCGGAGAGAGCAGAGCCUACAGCUUCUGUGGAACCAUCGAGUAUAUGGCACCAGAGGUUGUUAGAAGCGGCAGUCAGGGGCAUGAUAUCGCGGUAGACUGGUGGUCGGUCGGCGUUCUCACCUACGAACUCCUCACGGGGGCUUCACCGUUCACAGUCGAAGGCGAAAAGAACACGCAACAGGAGAUUACCAAACGCAUAGUGCGGUGUAGCUACCCCGUGCCUACGGAAGUCAGUCCCGAAGUCCAGGACUUUAUUAAAAAAUUGCUAGUAAAAGACCCGCGGCGGCGUCUCGGAGGUGGAGAGAGCGAUGCCGAGGAACUUAAGAGGCAUCCAUUUUUCCAGAACCUCGACUGGGACGCCGUGGCGCGGCGCGAGGUGCCCGCGCCGUUCGUGCCGGCGCUGGAGCACGCCGCGGACACGCGCAACUUCGCCGACGAGUUCACGCGCAUGCCGCCCACCGACUCGCCCGCGCACGCGCCCAAACACAGCGACAAGCUGUUCCUCGGAUAUUCCUACGUAGCUCCAAGCAUCCUAUUCUCUGAAAACGUGAUAUCAGACCAGAUAUGGAUGCAGGCUACGGGACAGAAGCACGACAAACUCAAAGGAUGGAUUGCCAAGGACUCUCCGUUCUUCCAAAAAUACGCCGUGGACCUAAGCACGCCGUUGCUAGGCGACGGGACCUACUCCGUGUGCCGGAAAUGUAUACAUCGCGACACCGGGAAAGAAUAUGCUGUCAAGAUAAUUUCAACUCAGAAGAAAGACAUCAAACAGGAAAUCGAACUACUAAAAGCAUGCCAAGACUGCCCCUACAUUAUAACGCUUCACGAAGUCGUACAGGAUUCAGCAUUCACGUACAUAGUAACAGAGCUAGCGACAGGCGGUGAACUGCUCGCCCAUAUCGGGCCGAGCGGCAUCGGCGAGCGAGUGGCGCGCCGACUGCUAGCGCAGCUCGCGUGCGCGGUCAGGCACAUGCAGCGGCGGCGGGCUGUGCACCGCGACCUUAAACCCGAGAACAUAAUGCUGACGACGUGUCGUCUGCACGAGGCCAAGGUGAAGGUGGUGGACUUCGGGUUCGCGCGCCGCACGCCCGAGUGCGAGGAGCGCUCUCGCAUGAUGACGCCGUGUUUCAGCCUGCCGUACGCGGCGCCGGAGGUGGUGGCGCGAGCGCGCUCGGGCGCGGCGCCGGGCUACAGCGCCAGCUGCGACAUGUGGAGCCUCGGCGUUAUCUUCUACUGCAUGUUAUGCGGCAAGGCGCCUUUCCAGCCGGCUUCCAAGAAAGAGCCCAUCACUUCCUACAUGGACCGCAUCCGACAAGGCAGCUUUUCCAUGGAUGGUCCAGUAUGGGACGGUAUCUCGAGCGACAGCAAGCGCCUGGUGGCGGCGCUGCUGAGCCGCGAGCCGCAGCGCCGGCCCGCGCCCGAGGACGUGCUCGCCGCGCUCGGCGUGCUCGACGACCAGGGCAGCUUCAAGCUCGCCGACAUGACCAAAGCCGAGCUGUACAAGCGCCGCAGCAAGACCAAGCAGCGCGCGUCGUCCGAGUCGGCGGCCGCCGCGCCCGCGCCGCGCCGCGACCGCGACUCCAUCGACAACGACGUGGAGCUCAUCAAAGCUAACACUUUGGAUACGCCCGUGGUAGAACAACUCAAUAAUGAGGAUACCGAUGAGGUGCCGAGCGUCAAACCCGUAGAAAAAACAUACUCCAAAUCCCGAUCAAAACUAGACGAUUACAUUUACAUCGAGAGCAGCCAAGGCCUCGACGGCACAGAAGUCGCCUUCCCCAAAACUAGUCGCGCCAAGAAAGCCAAGGAAUCCACCUCGCCAGUACCGAGGAAACGUAGAAAACUAGACAAACCUGAACCUAAACCUAAAGUUAACGGAGAGGGAAGUACUAAUACUAGGGAGCUCCGGAGCAAGGAAAAACCGAGCCCCAGCAGACCCAAAGAAUCAAUAGAGAACGAGAAAGCUAUAACAAGAGUCACUAGGAAACGGAAAUACGAUGAGACGGUCAGUUCCAAACCUGUGCUCAGAGAAAAAGGACAAAAUGGAAGACAAUCUAAAAAUAGCGUUGAGAAUAAAGAGGCUACUAGAAAAAUCGCGCGGCGGAAGAAGCUGGCGCCUUUAAAAAUAGAAGUUCAAGAAACUAACAUCCGUAUGACACGCUCUAGAAUGAGACGGCUAGAGGUCAGUCUGUCUCCCUCUCAGGUCAAAACCAUCGUACCGGCUUUCUCGUUCGAGUCGGACAAACGAGUUGGUUCAUCGGAGAGUACCUCUACUAAGAAAACGCGUAAAGCGAAAGCGAGCAAAGCGAAGCCCGCCGUCAGAGCCACGCGCUCCCGCGCCAACAGGAGGUGAACGUUACUAUCGGCACACGCUACACUUUCCAGCUAUAUCCUCCUAAGGUCUAGCCAAAUGAAAAAUCAGAAAUUCACCACUGAAAUUUGAACCUAUUAUGUAGGGAAUAGAGUUGAUUUUAACUUAACGAAUCAUAAGAAAUGCAACUUUAUUCGAAUUAAAUAUGAUUUAAAUUUCAUGGAACUGAAUAAGUACAGCCACGUCUAAUAAUAUCGAUACGAACAAAGUGCCAAUAAUAUGUAUACACGACAUUAUUGCCGAUAUAUUACAUACGGUAGUGUAUACAUAUUUUUGGUACUUUGUUCGUAUCGAUAUUUUCAGACGUGACCGUACCAUAGGUAGGACCUUGGGCCGUAGGAGGAUAUUGUAGACUUUAUCCCGAUUAUUAUAAGGUUUACAAUGUAAGCUGGAGUGUUCUUCGUGUUUGACCUACAAUAGUCUAGCAGGGUUGCUUAAGCUAGUAUAAUUGGCCGCGAUUCUUGCACUGUUAUAAUGUCCAGAACAGCUGAAAGUAACUGAGAAUAAACUAAGUACCUAAGUAAACCUAAGUAAACGGUUAACCCGUAAGUUACUUACGGGUUAACCGGAGAGAUAUGUGUAGUUGUGGCAUUAUGCUGCUCCCACAUUGGCUGUUAUAAAAUGUUAUACACGGUGCCCGCGAGGAAACGGAAAGAUUUCAGUAUAUUCCGGAUCGUAUUUAGAGGCAAAAAUGUCAUAUUUUUGUUUAAUUCGCGUAGUUUCAGAAUUAAUACCAAUAAAAAAAUGUGUUUUAGUGCAUAACGGCUUAUUGAUGGCAAUGUCGCCAAUGGGACCUAGUCUAGACGUCCUUAUUGAGAGAUAUCAAAGUGACCAGGAACCCUUUGAAUAGACUAGUUUUUAAGAAAAAAAAUUACCAAUUCAUAUUAAUCCAUAAAUUUUCCAAGAACAUGUACUUAUUAUGUAUAAAAACAUACACAAAGUAAAAUAAAAACAGAUUUGUUUUUGGUGGAAUUGAUUUAAAUUUGUAACACAUUCUUUUCCUUCUUUUGACCUCAGUAUGGCUAAGAUGGUCGGCUAUUUAUCAUUUGUCACCAUGCCUGUCCCGUUCUAACAAGUAUGUAAGUGCGAAAGUGACGGGCAUAGUGACAGGUGACAAAAAUGGAACCAUGAUGACACCGCAGGAAUGCGUGAUUAAUUUUCUUCCGUUUCAUCACGGGCACAUUGUAUAACUUCGUGUGACAGGGAAAACAUAAUAAAUUACUAUCAAUACUAUCAUGAUGUCCUUGUCACACGAUGUUGUAUAACAUUUAAUAACAGCCAAUGUGGGAGCACCAUUAGUAAAUUUAUUUGCAGUGCGUAGAAUCGCUUGUACAGUUAGGACGCUAAGCACGAAGAAUUUCAUACAUUGACACGCCUGUUCCUGUCUCUAUCGCACGCACAUAAUUAUAUUGCUGGAUGCCACUUUGCGAGCGGGAUAGCAAUGCCAGUGCGAUAGAGAUCAGAGACAGGCGGGUCAAUAUACGAAAUUCUUCGUGCUUAGAGUCCUUUAGCCUUACACAGACAGCAUUAAUGCAUUAAAAAAUGUUUUCAAGGCAGCAACAUCAAAUCUAACCUUUCAUUUGUGACCAUUUCAUUCCGGUUAUAGUAACUACACUUCUUCAACAAAUCUUCUUCUGAUUCUUGGUUUCUUUUUACAAAAACAGCUCGGGUCAUGAUAAAGGUUGACAAACACUGCUCUAGAGAACACGAUUUCGAGUCAACAAAAUUUGUAAGAAAUCGCGUUUUGUGAUCGACUUAUAUUUGUACCGAAACAAAGUUAUUUAAAUUUGUCUUUGCUAGAAUGAGAUAGUAAUAUGCACUUCUUAAUCUAAAAAAAAAAAUUGGUUUCUUGGUAUAACAUUAAUAAAAUAAAUUUUCUAGUACUCAAUUUAUAUAAUACAGUGUUUAUUUAGUCACCGUGAAUAUACACCGUAUUUUUUGAUUUCCGUUAAUUUCAAGGGUACAUUCCUGAGCUUAAAUUAAGUAACUUUCUCGAAGACACCGGUAUUCUAAUUAACUUCAUUUCGGAGAAAAUCAAUAAUUUAUUUUUAUCUUAUAAAAAUUAUCAUCCCAUACAAAAUGUCCAGGUCAGGCGAUUUUUUUUUUCACGAUUUCGGGUUUGGUCCAAUAGUAAUAGUUGCUCAGUAUGACCUAAAUUGUUGCAAGUGACUUAAUAAACAACCUGUAUAUGUCUUUUUUAUGAAAUAGAAUGUUGUCAGUGUAAGGCGCCACUAGCGCCCUCUAACCCCCCACUCCAAAUAUCGACAGCAUAGUGAUGGAAUAAAAACAGGCGCGUUGCUCAGCGUAGUGAUGGGAUGAAAUUAUUUAUUGGCGCGUAAGUUAUAUCGUAGUUAGCUCCACCCUAGUUCGGUAAAGAAUAGAACCUGUUUUUAUUUUUUAAUCCCUCUAUUUAAUGUUACUUUAAAAUAUUUACGAUACCUUUUUCCUUAUUAUUACCAUUAGAGUUAAUUCUUUGAUGUUGGUUAUUAUGUAUUUCAGUAGAUAAUAUAAUAAUAAAUAGGUAAUUUUGUGUGUGAGUGCGCACUUGGCCCAUAGUUGGAAUAUACCGAGUCCUAUCUGUAUUUUGUUUGCAUCGUCAUGUUGCGCCAUGCAACGCCACAAGGCGCCACGCAGCGCCAUAUAGCGCCAUGGAGCGCCAUAUAGAACCAUAGAGCGCCAUAUAGCACCAUGGAGCGCCAUAUAGCGCCAUGGAGCGCCAUAUCGCGCCUUGGCGCCGCGCAGAUACAUUGAACAGAUCUCUUUUAAGAACUUCGAUUGUUUGUGUAUAUUUGUUUGGGAACUAGAUUUAAUAGGUUAAAUUUGUAAAUGUGUUUCGAAAUAAUGUAAUAGCAGUGUUGUUUGGAGUAUUGUUUAUCUUCCAUUGUGUCUGUAAGUGUAGGAGCGAGCUGCGAGGACGCCGCGCGGUUCGUGCCAAAGCAUGCUUGGAGCGCCCGCCAUGAUUGCGUUUUUGAAUUCAAUGAAUUUUACAAACUUUUCCUUCUCGUUUUAAGGGCUUCUACCAAAUAAAACUAUUGUUUUAAUUAUUUCAUUGUAAAUAAUUUAGCAUUUAGUACAAAAUCGGUGGAAGAAUUAAUUAUAUAAAUUUAAAUUAUAAAGAAUAAUCUCAAUAAGAAGGGCCCGCGGCAUAUCAUUGGGAGGCGUGGCUUAGUGAUAAUUAUAUCGAAAUUCAGUUCUGCCAACAUAAUAAUUAUAUUUUCUUAAGCGAAAUCUAAAUCAAUAGGUAAACCUUAAAAAUCAAAUUGCUUGCUUCGUGAUAUUUAAAUAUGUUUUUUUACAACAAUAGUGAGAAAAAUAAGUACAUGGGAUAUGAGGAACUUUAUUUGCAUUGAUAUCGCACUGGAUUUCAAAUAUCCUUUUUUUUGUUUUUAAGGAAAUGGAAGACCAAGGUGAUGAGUACCAUGUAAUAUGAAUUAUAUUGUUGACAUUCAAUUUAUUUUUACUUUUAGUCAAAAAAAUAUCAAUGUACGGGUGUUUUUACAAGUACAAUGCGAUUUGUAUGCAAAAAAAAAACUAAAUUGAACCAUCUCAUCAGAUUUAGGUAAUUUGUGUCAUUGUAACAGUUUAAUUUAUAUCUCUUUUAGUAAAAUAAUAUUGAAAGAAAAUAUCAAUACUAUCAUGUUGACUAAAUAUUACAAUUAAAAUUCGCAACGUUCAUGUAAAAUCACCCAGAAAACGCAUAAUUACAAAUCAGUGCCGAACUAACGAAUUUUCGUUUUAGGAAAUGUAAUUUCCACAGCUUAAAAUGUAAAAGAUAGCCUUUACGUCACUAUCGUAACGUGUUAAAGUGCACUUAAUGGAAUGUACCAAAAGAUUAUAUAAUUUUAUAACAAAGUUAUGUAAGAGGUUACUAUUGAAGUCGGCGACAGACAAAUUUUGUAAAGCGUUACAAUGCCGGACGGAGAUAUUUGAUUGUAAUAAUAUACCAUUUUAACAUUAA